AUGACGACUAAGAACGUAUUUAUUGUAGCAGCAAAACGUACGCCUUUUGGCAGCUUUGGGGGCAAACUCAAGGAUAUGACAGCUACAGAUUUAUGUACGCACGCAGCCAAGGCGACACUCGCUGCCGCUAAACUGGACCCAGCACUUGUAGACGCUGUUCAAGUGGGCAACGUGGCUUCCACGUCACCAGACGGCGCGUAUAUCGCUCGCCACGUCCAAUUAAAGGCUGGAAUUCCACAGGAAAAGCCUGCCCUUACCAUUAAUCGGCUAUGUGGUAGCGGUUUCCAGUCUGUCAUCGGAGGAAUGCACGAGAUCUUGCUAGGGGAAUCAGAGAUUGUGCUUUGUGGUGGUGCUGAGAACAUGUCGCAGAGUCCAUUGGCAGUUUAUGGUCACCAGGCACGGUUUGGUGUAAGCCUAGGGGCUGGAAUGAAUCUACAAGACACGUUGUGGUCGGCAUUGACGGAUUCGUACGUUCAGACGCCUAUGGGCAUGACAGCCGAGAAAUUGGCAGAGAAAUACAAGAUCAGUCGUGAAGACUGUGAUGCUUUUGGACUUCAGAGUCAGACACGGUGGGCGAAAGCACAAGAAGCAGGAUGGUUUGAUGCAGAAAUGGCACCAUUGGAUGUCAAAGUGGGACGAAAAAUGGAAGAAUUUGCAGUGGAUGAAUCCCCACGUGUUGUAAAUUUGGAGAAACUGGCCAAAUUGAAGCCAGUGUUUAAGAAAGAUGGAGUGGUGACUGCAGGCAAUGCUUCUGGUAUCUCGGAUGGUGCUGGUACUGUGCUGCUGGCUUCGGAAGAAGCGGUGAAGAAGCACAAUUUGACUCCGCUGGCACGUGUAGUGAGUUAUCAGGUGUCCGGGGUCGACCCGACUAUCAUGGGCAUUGGUCCUGUGCCCGCUAUUUUGGGCUCUUUAAAGCGUGCGGGACUGAAGAAGUCGGACAUUGAUCUUUACGAUAUCAAUGAAGCGUUUGCGGCGCAGUGGCUCGCUUGUGUGAAAGAGUUGGAACUUGACCCGGACAUUGUGAAUCUUAGUGGCGGUGCGAUUGCUCUUGGGCACCCCCUUGGCGCCUCAGGCAGCCGCAUUACGGCUCACCUUGCGCAUACAUUGAAGCGGACAGGAAAGAGAUACGCGGUUGGAUCAGCUUGUAUUGGUGGGGGACAGGGCAUUGCACUGGUACUCGAGAACGCGGCAUAA